GGUCCAGGUGCGGCAGCGGCUCCAGCAGCGGAAACGUCAGCUGCCCGGUGGGCGGCCCGGCCCGGCCCGGCCCGGUCCGGCACAGCUCUCCCCCUGCACCCGGAGGCAACAUGUGGCUCUUGGAGCGGCUGCGCGGCAUGGCGGAGAACAGCGGCUCACGGGGCUCGGGGCCCGACGAUUCCCCGCGGGGCUCCCGCUAUAGCAACGUCCUCACCCCCGAUAAAAUCCCCGACUUCUUCAUCCCUCCCAAGCUGAGCGCUGCGCCCGCUGAGCCUGAGGGUACCGAGCCCACCGCACCGCCCGUCCUGGGUCCAUCCGUCUCGGAGCAAGACCUGACCGAGCGUAAGACCCCACGCAGCCCCCGGCCUCCCAGCCGACCCCGUGCGAAGUCAUCCGGCCGGCACAUCAUCCAGAUCGAGAGCGCCGAGGACUGGACGGCUGAAGGAGGCUUCGGUACCAACGUGGACCCUCAGGCUCAGACAGCCAUGUCUCUGCCCUACGUACCCAAAGCUCAGACCUCAUACGGUUUCGCCACGCUGGUGGAGAGCCCCCACACCCGACGGAAGGAAUCUCUAUUCCACAGCGAGCACAGCAGCCUCUGCCCAUCGCCGGUCACCUCUCCUAGUGCCCAACGCAGGGCAAAGCUCAACGGUGAGAGCAGAGCUCAGGCACCUGCCGACCUGGGGGCGGCCCUAAUGCACCCCGGGCGUUAUUUCAGCGGUGGUGAAAGCGAUACGUGUUCCUCGGCCGAGUCCUCACCCUUCGGUUCACCCCUCCUCUCCCGUUCCGUCUCUCUGCUAAAGAUCUUCAGCCAGGAGAGCCAGUCCAAGGUCAUCAAGCUGAAACACUCGGUUGCUCGUAACAGCUCCCUGUCUACCGAUGACAGCUCAGCCGACACCAGCCCCAGCGCUCAGCGUCGUUCCAGGAGCGCUCCGGCCGGGGGACAACCGACAGCGGGCACGGAGCUGCCGCAGGGUCGGCCCCGUGAGCACAGCCUGAGGCUCAGCCGGGGUGGUCGCCUCCGUCUGACUGCUGAUUAUGACCCUUCCAACGCCCGGCUCCGAGUGCAGCUCAUCUGUGCUGAGGAUCUGUACGAUGCUCUGGUCGAUGUUCGUGGCAUCCACUGCUGCGUUUCGCUCUGUCUCAACCCUGGGAAGCUGCAGAAGCAGCGCAGCACCAUCAUCAAGAACAGCCGCAACCCUGUCUUCAAUGAGGACUUCUUCUUCGAUGGGCUGGGCCCCAGCCACGUCAGGAAGCUGUCCCUCAAGCUGAAGGUGGUCAACAAAGGCAGCAGCCUGAAGCGGGACACACUGCUGGGGGAGAAGGAGCUCCCUCUCAGCGCCCUGCUGUAGGACCAGCAGCCCUACAGGGAGCGUGCCCGUGGGGCUGGGGCACGGGAGGGCUUGGGUCAGCCCUGGCCCCUUUGAAGUAGGGCUUGGAAGGGUCCCCAAAGAAGGGCCAGGGCCGUGGCAGAGCUCAGGGAUGCAGGGCCAGGUCCCCAGGAGCGGAGCUGCCGGAUGCAGCCCUCCUGUGCCAGCAUCUCCCUUCUGUUCCAGCUCCCUGCCUGGGGCUGCGGCUCCUGGAGCACAACAGGAGCCACCUGCCCCGUGUCCCCUUCGGAUGGAUGGAUGUCAACCUGCUGGGCUCUUCCCUUUCUGGUUCCCAUGGUCUCCAGCUGGCCAGCACAAAGGUUGGAUGUGUGUAGAGCUCUGCAGCAUUCUUAUUGCCACCUCUCUCCAAGCCUUAGCUCCUGGAGUCAGAUGAUGGCAUCGACCUUGGCUUUCAUUUAAAAGUCAAGCUUUGUAGUCUUGGAAACAGCAGAGAAAAUGCUGCAGAGGUGACCCAGGAACCUGGUUGGGGUCCCUGGGAGGUGGAUCUGUGGCUGAUUCACACCUGUGGUCUUUUUAAGUCCCUUCCUGGGACCCCAUAGGGUGUGCAGGUCAGCUCUGCCUGCCACCCCACUGCCUCUGGGAUGCCCUACUGUCCUGAUCCCCUGGAUACUGAUCCCUCCCCCCCCACCAUCCCCCAUGGAUAACAGCUGCAGGAACUUCAGAGGCAUUUGGAUUUACCCAAACCCAGAUGGUUGCUAAUAGGGGCUGCUACUGCUGCUGGGGGACACAUGGCCACAGGGGUGAGCAUGCACGCUGGGGCAACAUCCCAGCAGAGCUCAUGCAACAGGAGCAGCACCCCCUGCCUUCCCAAGUGCUGCACGGCAUUGGGGAUGGGUGGCACCAGAGCAGGCUGGGAUCUGGGCUGCCCUCCCUAAUUCUGUCCUCCCUGAGCACUCAUGGGUGAGGGGCUCGGGAGCUUCUGCACCCCCCACCCACCCACCCAUAGAGAGAUACAUGGCCCUGGGGUCACAAAACCCCCACAGCUGGUGGGACCCAGUCCCCAAACAGGGCUGUGUUGGCACAUUGACUCCCAGCACUGCCCGGAGAUACCAGAAUGGGGGAUAUCCAAGGUUAGGUUAUCCGCAGGUGGCUGAAACAGCCACUUUAUUGUAUUUUGGUGUGGUGUUACCUGCAUGUUUUUUGUGAUAAGGAGCAGAAAUAGCAUUGCUCCUCUCUGCCCCCUUCCAACACGUGUGGACACACGCACAUGUGUCCCUCUGUGUCAACCUCUGUUGGUGGUGGUUGAUGUUCCUUCCUUGUCCUUUGCAGCAGAUGGCAGAUUUCAGUGUUGGCUAUUUAUAUCUGAGGCUGAUCUUUCCCAGCGUGUUUUACUUCUGUCUGUAAAUAUGUUUCAGGUAUACGAGGCAUGGUUCUGGUUGCUGUUUGCAUGU